AUGACCGAACCACCAUCAGAAACCUACCCCUCCCCCCUCCUCCUUGAGCUCCAACAAAACGGCUUCGUAGUAAUCCGCUCCAUCCUCACCCCCUCCGAACUCACCACCUUACUUCACGCCGCCUCCUCCCUGACCUCCCUCGCCCGCGGCGGUUCCUGGCCCCACAUCCGCACCGUAGGCAAGCAAUUCCCACCCUGGCCCUCCGUCCCUCCCUCUGAUGGUUCCGGAAUCUGGGGCCUCUACUUCUCCCCCGCCAUCCUGUCCAUCGCCAAGCAACUGCUUCCCAAAGGCACGCGGGACGACGACCUGGUGAUGGAGCUCUUCAACAUGCUUGUUCGCCCCGACAAGGAUUUCGCGCUGAGCUGGCAUCGGGACGACAUACCCGCUACUUGCUCGGCGGAAGAGGAAAAGGAGAGGUUGGUGCCCGCGACGGAAGCGAGGUAUCAUACGCAGUGGAACUUGAGCUUGGUGGAUAAUGACACUUCGCUCGUUUUGGUGCCUAAAUCGCACACGCGCGCACGCACCGAUGAGGAGCGCGCUGCGGAUUUGUUCGAGCCGAAUAUGCCGGGGCAGUUGGUCGUGCAGCUGAAUGCGGGGGACGUGGCGUUUUAUGAUAAUAAUAUCUUGCACAGGGGGGUGUAUUCGAGCAAGAGGGAGAGGACGACGUUGCAUGGGAGUGUGGGACAUGUGGCGGGCGCGUCAAGUGGGAAGAGGGCGAGGAACGUGUUGCAGCAUGGGGUUGGGGAGUGGGUGGAACGGUGCGAUUUCUCGGCGUUGGGGGAGAGAGGCGUGGAGGCGAGGGAGGCGGCGGAGGGGAUGAGGGAGAGACUAGUGAGGAUGGGAGCGGAGAAUAAGGAUGUUGGGUUUUCGCUUAAUGGUUGA